CCUUCUCUGGCACUGUGAACAAACUUUGGAGUGGUUCUGAUGGAGCAGAAGGUAGUUCUCAUCACCGGCUGCUCGUCAGGAAUCGGGCUCAGUCUAGCCAUACACCUCGCAUCAGAUCCAUCUAAAACAUACAAAGUUUAUGCCACCAUGCGUAAUCUUGAUAAGAAGCAGCGCUUGCUGGAGAGUGUGAGGGACCUACACAACGACACCAUGGCUGUUCUGCAGAUGGACAUCACAAACCAGCAGUCCAUAAAGAUGGUCCAAAGAAGCAUCACCGAGGGCCGAGUGGACAUCCUGGUGUGUAAUGCAGGUGUGGGGCUGAUGGGCCCCCUGGAAGCACAAUCAGAAGACCUUAUGAGAGGAAUCUUAGAGGUGAAUCUGUUGGGUACAAUCCGCACCAUCCAGACCUUCCUACCCGACAUGAAGAGGAGGAGACAAGGACGGAUCCUGGUCACAGGCAGUAUGGGAGGGCUACAAGGUCUUCCCUUUAAUGAGGUGUACUGCGCCAGCAAAUUUGCAGUAGAGGGUGUCUGUGAGAGUCUGGCCAUCCUGCUACAACAGUUUAAUAUUCCUGUGAGUCUGAUAGAGUGUGGGCCGGUGAACACUGACUUCUUGAGGAACCUGAAGAAGACAGACUUGAGUGACGAGUCUGUGGAGGUGGACGCACACACACGGCAUCUAUAUGAGAGGUACCUGCAGCACUGCAAGAAAAUGUUUCAGAAUGCAGCACAGGACACUGAAGAUAUCAUUCAGGUCUAUAUGGAGGUGAUCCAGGCUCAGAGUCCCGUCUUCAGAUACUACACUAACAGCGCUCUUCUCCCUCUGAGUAGCCUCAAGCUCACAGCUCUCGAUGGUUCACAAUACAUCCGAGCCAUGAGUAAGUUUAUAUUCUCACCUGAUGAGAAUGCAGACGCACAGAAAUAAGAGCGCACCUCAGGAUCAAGGUGUACAGUUUCAUUUUAUGCAGUGAAGUUUUGCAAUAUGGCCUAGAUUCAAUCAGUUCUAUCCUCUUGAAUGAGAUUGUUGUACUGCAAACUCUUAUAUUUUAAAACAUGCCUACUGUCUUGCUUAUAACACAUGCUUACAUGUAAAAAGAAUAAAUCAUGUUCUACAUGGAUGCAAAUGUAUAACCAAAAUGUU